CGUGUGUUUCUGUCUUAGCUUUGUGUUCCUCUGGAGAUUGACGCACAGCUGUUUAUAUACCUGCGUGUGUGUGUGAGAGAGAGAACUGGGUGAAACUGGGGCUGUGGAACAGGUUCACGCUCGAAACAGUCAUUCAGGAGGAAUUCCAGUUAUUCAUCGUUCAUAAUGCAGGGAGUGAGCGAGACGCUGUGUAAUGAUCAACUCCUCAUAAUGAGGGUAAAGCGCUCUGGCAUCUCCGGCAUGAAGUUCCACCAAAAUAGAAACGAUUACAGGAGGAGGAUGAAUGUUUCAGAAUAUUCCAGUUCGGUGUAUUGUAAACAUUGUGUGUGUGUGGGAUCUGAGAUCUCUGAGCUGUAACACACCCUGAAUGCCUCUCUGUUUACCUGCUCAGUUGAGUUUGAUGAAACACUGGAUGUGAUGAGCCAGAGGGAGUCCGUGUGUGAAUAGUCGUGACUGUGGAAGUAUCUGCGCGGUGUUGUGUUGAAGAUGGAGCAUCACAGUAAUCCUGCUGCGGCGGAGAAAUCUCCGCGCUCGGUGUUUAAACCCAGUCACUCUCGCAGCAACAGCACCGGGUCCUCUCGACAGCAGUCCAGAGACUGGGAGGUGAUGACCGAUAUCCAGUCCAGCGUGAUCAAUCCGGAGAAGUACAGCAUCCCGGGGAUCUGUGAAGGAUUCCUGAUGAAGAAGAGGAAGUAUCCACUGCAGGGUUGGCACAAGAGAUACUUCUUUCUGGAGAAGGGGAUCCUCAGAUACUCCAAAUCUCAGCAGGAUAUGAUGAGAGGGAAAAACCACGCCGCUCUGGACGUCAGCCUCGCCGUCAUGUCCGUCAACAAAAAGUCCAAACGAAUCGACCUGGACUCAGGAGAUAACCUGAUUCACUUAAAGGCUAAAAGUCAGGACAUCUUCUACAUCUGGAUGACCAAACUGACUGCGCACCGCAUCUAUAAGAAGAACGAGGCGAUGAGCAUCCAUCACGGCGUCCUGCAGGCGCUCUCAGCAGGAACCGGCGGCACGUUGCCCACCGUGGCCACGUUAACUCAGAGGAACAGAGCCAUGAUGGACACGCUUCCUCAGUUCCAGACGUCGGCCUCCGUGUUCCAGCCCUCCACGCUGAGUUCUCCGUCUCUCGCCUCGUCACGCGUCAACAGUAAAGUCUCCGCCUGGCUCCAGCAAACGCAGCGAGCCAACGCCUGCCAGCAAGAGCUGGAUCGCUGUCAGCUGGACCUGGCUGAACUCGGGCGUCUGAUCCAGAUGUUGCACUGCCUGGAGGGAGAUCUGCCCAUCACUAACAAGGACCUGGAGAAGAGGAUCAGCAUGCAGAAUCUGACUUUGGAGAAGCCAAAGAAGAAAGUGGGGAAAGUCUGGGGACACAAUCGCACGAUGUCACACGGCAUGCUUCCUGCCAAUAAUCACAUCAGCGCGUUGUCCUCGUCCUCGUCCUCUGGUCUCGGUUCGUCUCUUCAGUCCAUCCCGGAUUACGUUUACUCUCAGCUGUCCACUCCGGGCUGCAGUUCACCCGAGGGAAAGAAACUCCAGCAGAACAUUCACACUGUGUCUCAGAGAGUCCACACGUCUCUGAAGUCCAUCCACGAGGGGCUGACGUUGGAGCAUGAGCGUCUCGCACAGGUGUGGACCGGGCCGGACCUGCGUCAGUCCACCUCCGACCAGCUCGCCUCACUGUGCACCACGCUGUCCGAGCUCGAGCUACAGUCUCGUCACACGAAAGUCCACUCACUGUCUCUGUCCUCGGAUUCAACCGAGGAGUCGUUCUGCACCGUGCGACAGGAUCAGAGCUGUGAGACACGCAGCAGGCUGUCCGUCGCGGAGUCCAUGGCCGAGUAUUUCGACGCGAACGAGGUCCUCAUGUCCGAGAGCCUGUCGGAGAACGAGGCUUCUGACGAGUCGGGACUGAGCGACAUCACCACGAGCAACUCUGAGCCUGAGGAGGGACAAGCAGUGGUGAACAUGAAGUACAGGACGAGUGUGUCGGACGCUCCAGACGUUCCCUCCAGCGUGCCGAAGGAGACGGGCCGGCGCACGGUCCUGCCUGCACGCUGCACUGAUAACAGCCACAUCGGCAUCCUCUCCAUCCUGUACAACAACAUCGGGAAGGACCUGUCUCGCGUCUCCAUGCCCGUCGCUCUGAACGAGCCGCUCAACUUCCUGCAGCGCGUCAGUGAGGAGCUGGAGUACUCGGAGCUGCUGGACAUCGCCAGCCGCACAGACGACCCCUAUCAGAGAAUGGUUUAUGUGGCCGUGUUCUCCAUCUCCGGUUACGCCUGGGCCUCCUGGAGGAAUCGCUAUAAGCCCUUUAACCCGGUGUUGGGCGAGACCUACGAGAGCAUCAGAGAGGAACGCGGCUUCCGCUACGUCGCCGAGCAGGUGAGUCAUCACCCUCCGGUUUCUGCGUGCCACGCCGAGUCAGAGAACUUCACAUUUUGGCAAGAUCAGAGGUGGAAGAAUAAGUUCUGGGGAAAGUCUGUGGAGAUCGUGUCGACGGGCCUGGUGAACGUCACGCUGCCCAGAUAUGGAGAUCAUUACGAGUGGAAUAAAGCAGUGACCUGCAUCCACAAUGUGUUCAGUCAGCAGCGCUGGCUCGAGCACUACGGCGACGUUGUGAUCCGAAACCUGAAGAGUGACGUCUGCUCCUGCAAACUGACCUUCGUUAAGUCUCGCUACGGCUCUGGAGAAAAUAAAAAUGAGGUCCAGGGCGUGGUUCUGGAUCAGGCGGGGAACGUGGUGCAUCGUUUCGGCGGAUCGUGGCAUGAAGGCAUCUUCUGCGACACUCUACCCAACCCACAAUGCCUCUGGAAGCCCAAUCCUCAGCCUGAAGAUUAUUUUGAGUAUUACGGGUUCUCUUGUUACGCCAGAGAACUUAACGAGCUCACGCCUGAACUGAAGGAUGUCCUGCCUCCUACAGACACACGGUUCCGCCCGGACCAGAGACUUCUUGAGGAGGGUAAAGUGGCUGAGUCGGAUAAGCUAAAGGAUGAGGUGGAGGAGAAACAGAGGGACCGGAGGAAAGAACUGUCUAAGAGAGGAGAGGAACACAUCCCUCGUUUCUUCAGGAAAACGGUGGACGACUCCGGCCGAGAGGUUUGGGUCUCUAACGGAACGUACUGGAAGAUCAGGGAGAAUCCUGGAUUUGCAAACACGGAUAAUCUGGAAUUGUGGUGAUCUCGACGGUUAUAGGAGUGUUUUUUUGUUUGUUUUUUAACACUACAUAAAGUGCAAUACGUCUCUCUCCUGAUGAAUCAUCCUGUAUAACACUCUUGUGGAAUGUUGACUCGACUCUGAUUCGAUUGGAUUAGAAUUGGAGUGCUGACUAUUCGAGGAGUGGAGUAAGUGCUGAUCUGGAAAGGCGUGACGAUGAGCCGCGUGCGUGCGUGCGUGCGUGCGUGCGUGCGUG